UCCCAGGUGACAUUGCUUAAUGAUGGACCAACACAGUUUUGGGUAUCUUUAUGCAUUGUUGUGAAGAAAAUAAACAUUUGAUCUAUAAAGAAGUUGUGAUUGUACGUGAUGACGAUUACUAGAGGCCAGCCUGUUACAAUACUUAGUGAACCGAGUAUUGUAGACACAAAAUUUAGUAUUACAGGUGUGCAUGUUGCGCAGUAUUUAUCUCUAGCUUUAAAUGCAGUGAAAAUGGAAGUAAACCUCCACGUCUUUCCGUUUCUUCUUUUAUUACUAAUGUUACAUUGUGUGGGUUCUAAUAACCACUUUGAAAGAGUUAUGUUGUGUCCCAAAAGCGGGGAAGAAUGGCAAAAUCGCGCACAGGAAAAGAAGUGUCAAAACCAAACACCCGAUUUCAUGUGCGCCGCCAUUGAGGAUCAACCUGGGAAAUUCGGGGAGAUAUGUACGAUAGUGGGAAUGUCAAAUGCAGGUAAAUGUGCCGUUUUGGAUGCAGAUACGUACAAUCUGAAUUAUGUGAGAUGUUCAGCACCCACCGGCUGUCCGAGUAAGGUAUACAUAGCCUCAGACGUUUACAAAUAUAAGGCAUGCUAUGAAAAUAUUUACAGUGUUGAAUCUACAACCAUUCCUAACAUAUCGAAACCUGAACAACAAAUUAAAGAAAACACGACUAACCAUUCUUACCAAGCUGUUGGGUCACAAGAUGUGUUUGCUAUUGCAAUAAUCAGUGUAUUCAUAUUCGUAUUCGUCAUCACCAUUGCUUUCACCGUUUGGAGGAACAAGUUUCAGCGUAUUAGAAAACUACCUGAUUCUGCAGAAGACCCAAGGAGCCUAUUACAUGAAUGUCAAGACGAAUUAAAGGAAGAGCAAGCGACACGAAGGAUCACAAUUCUUGCGAAGUAUCUUCAAUCUCGCCUUGUAGUACUGCAUGAGGAUACACUCCUGCAAAAUAAACUGAAAAUGCAUUCUGAAUCACUGAAGGAACAUUUUCCAAAACAAUUAAACGAUAUUAUGCAAUUUAGUUCAGCUGACGUAAAGAAGAUGACUCUAAAUAUCGUUUAUAUGCUGCUUACAAAUUUUUCUGACCUCACGCGUCCCGGUUCUGGGUGGGGCUACAAGCCUGAUUCUACCGAUACCUCCCUUGGUGCAGACAUAGAGAGAAUAAGGAUCUUUUUCAACGGCUAUUUGGAUAACAGAUAUUGCGAUUUUACUGAAUCGGAAAGUGUUCUUACAAGAUUAAGAAAAUCUUAUGGUGAUGUUGACGACCAAAUGGACAUAGAUUUGGCGAAAGAGUCAAAAAUCAAUUAUGUUAAAGUUAAACCUAAUUGUUUCGAAGAAAACGGAAUUGUUGUAACGAAAGCCAUCAAGGAAAUUUUCAAAAAGCUGGAUACAAAAAGAAUAGUAAUCUGCCGCGGAGCUAUAGGAUGUGGAAAGACAACAUCUAUGGUCCACGUAACCGAAAAGUAUAAGCAAGAGGGUUGGAAGAUAAAAUGGAUGACUGAAUUGAUGGAUAAUAUGGUGCCGCUCUCUGAAGAAAAAACAGUUUUAUGUUGCGAUAAUUUAUUUGGAACCUUUGGAUGUGAGGCCUUUUCGCCAGAUAUAUAUAAAAACUUUGACAAUUUCCUUGAGUCUAUUUUAAAGGAUGACAAUAUGGUAUGUAAAGUUUUACUUUGUAUUCAUACGCAUGUACUUGACGAAAUUAAAGCACAUGUGGACUGUAAAUACCUGCAAAAUACUAGCAUGUUUGUAGACAUGGAUGACCUGUCAGAGUCCGAGAUCCUUCUUAUUUACCAAUUACAAAGACACCAGAAUAACAAAACUGACACAAAAGUAGAUGAGACCACCUCGUAUGAGACAGUACUACAUCUUCUUUCAUCUGGAUCUGGUAUUGUUGGAAAACCCUUUCAAACACUGAUGUUUGCAACACUGCCUGACACUUUCUUGAAGCAAUCGUUCUGUAAAGCUCCACUGGAACUUUUGACAGAACACUUUCAAUACCUUGGUGAAAAAGAACGCGAACUGUUUCUCUCACUGUUCUAUAUCAUGUGCGUUAUGGUGUAUGAUAAGACAAGAGAAAUUGAUCAGAAGGAAUCGAGCGCCAUUAGUCCUACCCUGGAUAAAAACACGGUGGAUAGUUAUCUGAAGCAGUUAGUUCCAUAUUUGCAUCAAGACGAACAUACAGCAAAAAUCAAACACGAAAUCUUUUCCAUUGCUUUAUUCCAUACAUAUUUCUCUACUGUUCCGAAGUGGUCAGUUUUUAAACCUUGUAACAUUGGUAUGGUGUUACAACUUGUUCGGCAAGCCGAUGCAGAUGUCCAAACACAUAACUUUGCAGUUGAUCUACCAACAGAGUCUUUGCAUUUCUUGAGAUCGAUUCCUAAAGAAAAGAUUACCGCUAGAAUACAAAACAGCGGAAAUCCUAUUCUCAAAACAAUAGAGCCCGUGAAAGUUAAACGCUGACAGCAGACAACUAUACGACUUUAUAUAUACAUAUAAUCAAACAAGUUGCUGUCCUUCAAGAGUAGACAGCGAUACGUGGACCCUAGGCAUGUGUUUCCAACAGAAUCUUAACAUUCUACGUUUAAAUCAAAUGUGUUGUAAAAUUAACAGAUUUCUUUUUGAAACAUGCAAAUAAUUAUGCAAAUACUAGUAUAUAUUUCAUUACAAGAGACCCACAGGCCUUAUCGGUCACCUGAGUACUAGUAAAAUAGCAUGUAUAUUAAAACAAAAGUACGUAUCAUCUAUCCUUCUGUGUUUAGUAAACCAGAAGUGAUAACAGAAUUAGAUAGGUUACAUCAGGAAUAUGUUUUGGUUCCAGCUGACAAAGCUAGUAACAACAUUGUCUUUGUUUGUAAGGCUCAUUAUUACAACUGUAUUUUCAACGAACUUGGCAUUAAUUCCACUUUUGGUAAUCGUAUUUGUCGCAAUAUCCCAUUAUCACCUGCAUAUGGUGUUUAUAUAUCUCAACCGAUUCGAUAUGCAAGAGCUUGUUCUGCGUAUAGUCAGUUUUUAAAUCGAGGUAAGCUACUGACAACAAAGUUGAUGGUACAGGGGUUUCAACAGUCUCGAUUGAAGUCAGCAUUUAGCAAAUGCUAUGGUCUCUAUAACGAUCUAGUUCGUCAAUACAACCUAUCAUUGGGUCAAAUGAUGUCUGACGUGUUUCAUGCCGAUUGUUAGGCCGUUCUUGGUACACUGAUAUUGACUGCGGAUAACUCCGUUUACCUGAUCAGGAUAUAGGGCUCACGGCGGGUGUGACCGGUCAACAGGGGAUGCUUACUCCUCCUAGGCACCUGAUCUGGUGUGUCCAGGAGUCCGUGUUUGCCCAACUAUCUCUAUUUGUAUUGCUUAUAGGAGUUAUGAGAUUGAUCAGUGUUCGGUAUCUUCACCUUGCAUCACUACUCCCAAGGGCUAUGAAAUCUAGAAAAACAAAUCCUGUUCUGAAUAUCUAACUUAAAUUCUAAUGUCCAGCAACAGUACAUGUUGGAGGGAGGGUAAAGUAUAAAUUUCAGGACAUCUGCAAGGAUGGAGCAGAAAUUGACCAAUGUUAAAAAUAUUCCUUACAUUUGUAAGAAAAUCUGGUCAUGUAGAGCUGGAAGGCCUCUACCGAAAUUGUAAAUUUCAUGAUAUCCAGGGUAAACGUUCUGACUCCAGGAUGGGGCCAAACUAGGUGCUAGUAUUUUGUGUUUAUGUGUAAACCAUUUGAAAAUAGCAUAGAUCUUCUUCAAUGCUAUGCCGUGGGCCUCUUGUUAGUUAAAUAUUUUAGAUGAAACAAUUCCAGUUCCAUCCCCUCAAAGUUCUGUUUUUAUAUGUCAGUAUUGAAAAGAUUAAUUGGAGAAAGGGGACCAGACUUAUGGCUUUCAUAACGGACUAGGAUUACUUUUCAAUAUUUACGUACUUCAUAUUGGAUAGAAUGAAUAGAUAUAAAAAUCAACGGGGUUCGAAUUGACUGCUACUUAACAUGUCUACCUCUACAAACAUAAUCAAUUGAAGAUAUGCGUUUUCGGUUCACAUGCGGCUUUAAUAAAUGUUUGGACAGAAAUACGGUAUACUGGAAAAAUGUUAGGAAUUUUUUGAUAUUAUGAUGAAAGAAUACAACGACCUACGCCGAUUUAGUUUUUAUAAUUGGUGGAUUUGUAAAUCUCUGGUAUGUCCAAAUAUUCCCCCAGUGAGCUACAUAUCUGUAGAUGCACAUGUAAUUCCGAAGUAGGGAGAUGGCUGAAAUAGCUUAUUUCUACUGCUGAAUCCCAUUCACUUCUUAUUGAAUAGAAUAUUGUCGAUAUAAAAAUUCCGAAUUGUAGGUACGUUUAUCAUGUUCUGUGUUGUAUCUGUGUGUUUGGUUGAAUAAAGUUGUGUAACAACGUC